GGCAGAUCACAGCUCAGCUUCACAAAGAGGGAAAUCAGAUCCCAGAAUCCAGGGACUCUAAAUAUUGUUCAACAGCUCGGCGAGGAUGACUUCAACGGCAGGUCGACUGGCUCAUCAGCAGGAGAGGGAACAGGGUAUUGGCAGCAACCAGCAGGCAGUGAAGUUUUCCCGGCAGGAUUACGAGACUCUUCGGAAGCAGUGCCUAGAGAGAGGACGCUUGUUCGAGGACAGCUGCUUUCCAGCUGAACGCAGAUCACUGGGCUUCAAUGAGCUGGGACCAUAUUCACCAAAGACCAGGGAUAUUGUUUGGAAGAGGCCAACGGAGCUGUGUUCCAACCCCAAGUUCAUUGAUGAUGGAGCCACAAGAACAGACAUUUGUCAAGGAGCUCUGGGUGAUUGCUGGCUUCUGGCUGCCAUAGCCUCCCUGACUCUAGACCAGCGGAUCCUGGCUCGUGUGGUGCCUCAUGGACAGAGUUUCACUGAAGGUUAUGCUGGGAUAUUUCACUUUCAGUUCUGGCAGUUUGGCGAGUGGGUGGAUGUGGUGGUGGACGAUCGUUUACCCACCAGAGAUGGAAAGCUGCUGUUUGUUCACUCGGCGGAGGGCUCAGAGUUUUGGAGUGCGCUGCUGGAGAAGGCCUAUGCCAAGGUGAACGGCAGCUAUGAAGCCCUGUCAGGAGGAAACACUCUUGAGGGUUUUGAGGAUUUCACUGGAGGGAUUGCAGAAAUAUACGUCUUAGAGAAGGCUCCACCCAACCUCUUUCAGAUCAUUCAGAGAGCCAUGAAGCUGGGUUCACUGCUGGGUUGCUCCAUUGAUAUCACCAGCUCCUAUGAGUCAGAGGCAGUCACAGCUCUGAAGCUUGUGAAAGGACAUGCAUACUCGGUCACCGGGGCUGCAGAAGUUCAUUUUCGAGGCAGUUUAGUUCAGCUGGUUCGCAUCAGGAACCCCUGGGGUCAGGUGGAGUGGACGGGUCCUUGGAGUGAUGGAUCCAGUGAAUGGGACUAUGUCAGUGAGGAUGACAAAUCGAAGCUGAACCAUGUGGCUGAAGAUGGAGAGUUCUGGAUGUCCUAUUCAGACUUAAUCAGACAGUUCUCCAGGCUGGAGAUCUGUAACUUGACCCCUGACACGCUCAUGAGCGAUGACGUGGGCCACUGGAACCAUUACCAGUUUGAAGGGAUGUGGAGGGUCGGCUCCACCGCUGGCGGUUGCCGCAAUCACGCGGCCACAUUCUCAUCCAACCCUCAGUUUGUGGUGCGUCUGGAGGACGUGGAUGAUGAUCCCCUAGAUGGGCAGGAUGGGUGCACCUUUCUGGUGGGACUGAUGCAAAAGGAUGGGCGACGGAAGAGGAGGCUUGACCGCGAACUUGAGACCAUUGGCUUUGCCAUAUAUGAGGUUCCAGAUGAGUACAAAGGCCGCAGCAAUGUUCACCUCGGCCCUGAUGUGGUGCUGCGUCGGACAGCUGUGGCCAUGAGCAGCACUUUCAUCAACACGCGAGAAGUGUGUGAUCGCUUCAAGCUUCCCCCGGGAGAAUACGUCAUAAUUCCCUCAACCUUCGAGCCACACAAGAAUGGCAGCUUCGUUCUUAGAGUGUUCUCAGAGAAACAGGCUGCAACCAGCCCUCUGGAGGAGGACAUUGAUGCUGAAAUAGAGGAGGAGCAAGUGUCUGAAAGUGAUGUGGAUCCUCAUUUCAAGCACCUCUUCAAGCAGAUUGCUGGCAGUGACAUGGAGGUAUCGGUCUUUGAACUGGUAAAAGUUUUGAACAAUGUGGUGUCUCACAGGUCUGACAUCAAGACAGACGGAUUCAGCCUUGAGACGGGUCGCCUGAUAGUCAGUCUGCUGGAUAAAGAUGAAAGUUCCAAAUUGGGACUGAUAGAAUUCCACUUGCUUUGGAGCAAAAUACAGAAAUACCUGGAGAUUUUCAAGAAUCAUGACUCAGACAGCUCUGGCACCAUGAGCUCCCAUGAGAUGAGAGGUGCUGCCACUGAAGCAGGUUUCCAUGUCAACAGCCAAGUGCUGCAGGCUAUUGUCAGCCGAUACGCCGAUCGUCAGUAUGCCGUAGACUUUGACAGUUUUGUAGGCUGCCUCAUUAAACUGGAAAUGCUCUUCAAAAUGUUUAAGGCCUUGGACAGAGGCGACUCGGGGAAAAUUGAGCUUGAUAUUCAACAGUGGCUGUGCCUGGCGAUCAACUAGGUCUGAAGAUGAAACAAGCAAGGUCAUCGUGUCAGGAGAAGUUCAAUUGAUCAGCGAAACAAAAUUAAUUCAAGUGCACUUACUAUACUGCAAAUGCUUAAAAUGUCUAAACAAAAACGGAGAAACAUUUUUCCAUAUUUUUGAGCACAUGUUCUGUCAUUCACAUUUAUUAUUCAGUUUUAAGUAGCUUCUUUUAAACUUU